AUGAGGCAAGACGAUUCAAAAUCUCAAGUUCCACAAAUUGAAUUGAUUUCGUCGUUUCUACGAAUGGAGGUACGCCCAUUAAUUUUGCAACCAUCCGACAAUAUCAGCAUUUUCGGCUCCAUAAAAUAAUGGGCAAAGUGAUAAUGUGGCAUGCAGGUUUCGUCGUAUUUCCGGAGAACGCCCGGUUUUUCUUUGAGGUUCCUUGAUAACCGAAUCGACAUAACUUGUGCAAUUUUCAGCUUUUUGUUAUCAGCCAUCAAAUUCGAGACCACAUCAAUUUGUCCAUUUUUUAAAUCACAAAAUGUUUGAUCGACCACUGAUAAUAUCCAAAUAAUCAUCAUAAAUACCAAACAAUUCAAAGAAUCGACCAAAAUCUCGAAAUUUUUGGAAUUUUCGAUCUGAAAAACAACUACUUUUGAUUUUGAAAAGCUUUUAAUUUUUAAAAUUUGAAAUAAAAACUCACUCAAAUUGGAAAAUCUUCAAUACGUGUCGAUCACAACCAAGAACUUGCAAAUCAUUUUAGAAUUAUAAGCAUGAGCAAUUCGAGAUCUUCCAAUAAUUUGAUGAAAUUCUUGAAGAAAAAUGUGCCCAAUGUGCAUCAGAUCAACAAAUUUCGCAAAAAAUCAAGCCGAAAUUCUUCUCAAUCCUCAAACAAAAUCCAUCAAUAACCAGGUUAUCACGAACUUGACCAUUUUUCGAAUUCAGCGGCUGAAAAUUGCAGAGUUUUUUUUCAAAAAAAAAAUAAAUAUUACUGUAGCGCGCAACGGUGUUUGCACACUCUUUAUUUUCUCAUUUUUGUUUUUGAAUUUUCAAAAAAAUUGCAAGAAAAAGCUGGUUUCGGGGAAAAUUGAUAGAACAAAAAAUUGAGAAAGAAAUUAUUGGACAAAAAAACUCACAUUUCGAAGAGAUUUUUGCAUCCGAAAUCAAACAAUUCCACAUUUUCCGAUAUUUCAUCGCAUGAACAAUUCGACGAUUUUCAAGAAAAUCUUGAAGAAAAAUGUGCCCAAUGUGCAUCAGAUCAACAAGUUUCGCAAAAAAUCAAGCCGAGCGACAAAUUUCCCGAUGAUUCGAUAAUUCUUCUCGAUCCACAUGACAAAAAUCAUAGCUUGCGAAUAAUCAAAGCCUUGUUUCGAAUUGAAAUUGUAUAUGGUGUUUCGGAUCCGGAAUUAGGCAACUUGUGAGUAGAAAGUUGGAUGAUUUGUGACUUCUUUUCGUUUUUCAACCGAAAUCAAAUAAAUUACCAGUUAGGGACAUUAAUCCUAACUGGUUCAUCGAUCGAGUUUCAGUUUUCCACGUGAACCUCAUCCAAAAUACACUAUUGAGUCCCGAUUCGACCAAGAUCGAAACCAGCGGCAUCUGAAAAUUCAAAAAAUAAAUAAUCAAGUAUUACUGUAGCACGCAACGGUGUUUGCACACUCUUUAUUUUCUCUUUUUUUUUUAAUUUUCCAAAAAUUGCAAGAAAAAGCUGGUUUCAGGGAAAAUCGAUAGAACAAAAAAUUGAGAAAGAAAUUAUUGGACAAAACAACUCACAUUUCGAAUCGAUUUUUGCAUCCGAAAUCAAACAAUUCCACAUUUUUCGAUACCAAAGUCAACAUGUCAAAAAUCAAAUUUUGCGAAUAUUCAAUGCCUUUUUUCGAUUUGAUGUUGAAGAUAUCAGAUCCGGAAUUUGGUAUUUUUCGGUGAUUGAAGUUCAAUGGAUAAUCCUGGCAGCUUUUUGUGAUUCUUCGAUCAAAAGCAAACAAAUUCGCGUAUCGAUGAAUAAAACAUUCCAUAAUAAGUCGAGGUUGAAUUUGAAUUUGAAGCUGGUGGCGAAAUUCGAUCACGAUCCUCGAGUGCCGAUGUUGUGGCGAUGA